ACUAAGACUUUAGAUGAAUUGCGAGAUGAACAAGUUUAUCAGUUAUAUGAGUUGAUGCUUGCAGCGACUGGUAAAUCAAAAAAUGAAAAACAUUAAAAUUACUAAAUGGUAAACAUUUGCUUGAUACAUAAAUAAAUGAUGUUACGUUGGAAAAAUUCAGCAAGUGUUAUUCUAGCAGCUAAUUUGAAACAUAAUUCGAUAGGAAAAUCUAUUCCAACGAGUUAUGAUUAUAAGCUUUUAUCUGUAAAACGCCAAAAAAACUCUUCAUUUCUACCUGGUAAUUAUGUCUUUCCUGGUGGAACAGUGGACGUUGCAGACCUAGAUGUGAAAUGGAAACACUUAUAUAAAAAAUAUGGAUUUGAUGACAGCGAAUUCUCGUCACUCUUUCCGAAGACUAACAAAACUCGACCUUGUAUAUUUGAAAUGGAAUCAAAUGAUUCUCAGCAAUUACCAAAAGAAAUAUCAUUGAGGAUAACAGCGGCACGUGAAACAUUUGAAGAGUGCGGAAUUUUACUUUGUAAAUCAGCAAAAAAAACGGCUAGUCCGGGUUGGAUAAAUUGUUAUUCAUUAAAUCAAACUAGUUUAGAAGAAUGGCAAAAAAAAGUGCAUAAAAAUGCUACUGAAUUUUACAAUUUGUGUGAAACUCUUAAUUGCUUUCCGGAUUUAUGGGCUCUAUAUGAGUGGGGAAAUUGGUUGACUCCCACUGCACUUAAUGGAAAACGUUUCAAUACGAUUUUCUUUAUCGCUUGUCUUGAAACUAUACCCGUAUCUAACCAUGAUGACAUUGAAAUUGAAGAAUUAUCAUGGAAUUUUCCAAAUGAAUUAAUUUCAUCUUCUGCUAAAUUCAAACUCGCACCUCCUCAAGUUUACGAGAUAUCAAGAAUUUCGAAAUUCAAUUUUUUUAAUGAUCUACUCCAUUAUGCAAUUGAUUUCAAUAAAACAGGCGUUGAUUUUAAAUUACCUGUGAUUGUAAAGCUGUCCGAUGGAGCUGUAUAUUUAUUACCUGGAGAUGCUGAUUAUCCAGCGAACGUAAAUCUAACAUCAUUUCAGCAAUUCGACUAUGCCAACAUAACUAUCGAUCAAUUCCGUGAUGCAACAGGAGCUAAACAUCGUAUGGAAUUCAGCAAAGAUUUAUCGAAGCCACGUAAAUUAUUACAAACUUGUUAAUUAUUUUUAAUUGUGUAUACACAUGCUCAAAUACAAUAUAUAUUUUCAUUCAAUUAAA